UAACGCGACAAGAAGGAUGGUUGCACGAGGCUAGCCUACCCAUUACAGCCAUGGUCGAAUCUCACGGUCGCAGCUUGCUAGGAGAUAAACUGUCACGCCAGCUGCAAAUCAACAAGGGACUGCGCUCAGAGCCCUCCUAUCCUCUUCAUGGAGGACCGGCAUACGUUCCAUCGAGGUCGCAGCUUGACUCGGAAGCAGUUGUGUGCCUCCCGCCCCUCAGGCAUAUGAGGCAAAUGCCACCGGGGUUAGGAUAGCGGGCGGUGCUUUCCAUACGUCGGCGUCUACCCGUGUAUCAGAAAGUGUGAAAUUGGGGCUACGCAGCAGCGCGCUCGCUUUCCUCUUACAUUCCGAUUGUGCAGUCGUGUAAUCGCGGAGUCGGGUAAGCGACGCUAAC